AUGACCGCGCAGUACAGUACCGAGACGAAGCCCGUGAAUCUCCAGGGCACGCAUUUCGACUUCAACGGCCGGCCCGACAAGGCGUUUUGCCUGCUUACCGACAGGAAUCUUCACGUGAACAUGCUGCUGAGGGGUUAUUAUGACGAGAACACCGAUAACGCGGCGCUUGUUGUUGACGGGAAGGCCGUGCACACGUGGAUUAAGGAGCUGGGUAUUGUGUGGACUGCGGGAGGCGUGGAUCGUAAGUUCCGGAUCGCAGCGCGCGGCGGCAAGCAGCAGGAGCGCGGCGACGGCUUCGUGAAGAGCAUCGAGAUUGACGGCGAGGAGAUCCCUCGCAUGCAGGUCGGCGAUAGGGUUACCAGCGCUGGCGGGUUGACGAUCGAAUUCCGCGGGUUGGAGAAGGAGGGGCCGUUCGACGUGGAUUAUUACAUGCUCUCUAUCGCAGGGUCAAUUACCCUCGACCUGCGCCUGCGCGUCGCGCACCCCAAGCUCCAGACCCCCACGGAUGCCGAGGCGCACAUCAACGUCGGGAUUGCCGAGCUCGAGCACACGGAGGAGAUUCACGGCGUGCUCGGACAGACGUACCGCGCGGAUCACGCCGCCCGCGCCGCGGAUUUCCAGCGCCUCGUUUCGAGCCUGCACCGUCCGAUCUCCGCCGAUGGCGCCGAGGGGAAGGGGUUUUUGGAUGGGACUCCCCGGUCGUACGAGGCGAGCGAUGUGCUUGCUGUGGACUGCGCUUAUACCGCGUAUGGUCGCGCCAGGAAGGUGAUGCCCGUGCAGGAGUUCCCAUAA